AGUGCAGUCAGCUGCGGGUCACAUGACUUGGCUGUCUGCUCUCACUGAGCAUGCUCCAAACCCUUUAGUGUUGUCAGGCAAAAUACACGAGACAGCGGUCGGCGCGGUUUGAGCUGACGUUCACAAGCACUCUCUCUCAUAUCGUGGAGUUAUUUUUGAUGAUCUUGCCGUCGUCUGUGCUUGCAGGCGCCAGGCAGGAAGAGGAAGAGACAAGGACAGCAUCCUGCGUCUCCAUCCUCUGUGAAGCAGUCAUAGAUGAAAGGAUCAAAGAUGAGAGGAUCAUAGUGUCCUUUCACCAGUGGAUCAGGAGAAGAGUGUCAUCAUAAGAGUUGUGCAAGACAUCCUGGCUUCCUUCCUUCCCAGCUGUGAUGGUUGGCACGAGGCCUGAAGCUGUCUGAUUGAACCCGGAGAACAGCCGCACCGAUGUUUCUAUCUUUACAAUGCCUACAGGACAUCAAAGGCCAGAGUUGGACUGACGAGGAAUCUGAUGGGGAGAACGAGCCGGAGCAAUUCCUGUACGGCAUCCAGGGGAGUUGCGCCGCUGACCUCUACCGCCAUCCUCAACUCGAUGCAGACAUUGAGGCAGUGAAAGACAUCUACACUGACAGUGCUGUCUCCGUCAGGGAGUAUGGCAUCAUUGACGACGUCGACAUCGAUCUUCAUAUUAACGUUGGCUUCCUCGAUGAGGAGGUUGCGACAGCUUGGAAAGUUAUCAGAACAGAGCCCAUUAUUCUGAGACUUCGCUUUUGUCUUUCUCAGUACCUCGAUGGGCCUGAGCCUUCGGUCGAUGUGUUCCAGCCUUCCAACAAAGAAGGAUUCAGCCUUGGCUUGCAACUCAAAAAGAUCCUGAGCACAUUCACAUCCCAGCAGUGGAGGCAUCUCAGUAAUGAGUUCCUCAAGGCCCAGCAGGAGAAGAGGCACAGCUGGUUCAAAGCCGGCGGAACCAUCAAAAAGUUCCGCGCUGGGCUCAGCAUCUUCUCUCCAAUCCCCAAGUCCCCAAGCUUCCCCUUGAUCCAAGACACGGUCCUGAAGGGGAAGCUGAGCGUGCCUGAACUUCGCGUGACCCGCCUCAUGAAUCGAUCCAUCUCAUGUACAAUGAAGAACCCGAAAGGGGAGCUCUUCAGCUAUCCGCCAAAUAGCCAGACCGUGGCGGUCCCGGCGGCCAGGGCCCCUGCACAGAUCACCACCAGGCAGCUGAUUGAAUUGUUUUUCUCAUCCCAGGCGGGCGGACACUGCAAGAACAUUCCCACACUGGAGUACGGCUUCUUAGUGCAGAUAAUGAAGUACUCCGAGCAGAGGAUCCCCACACUUAAUGAGUACUGCGUGGUCUGCGAUGAGCAGCAUGUCUUUCAGAACGGAUCCAUGCUGAAGCCGGCCGUGUGCACAAGGGAGCUGUGCGUGUUCUCGUUCUACACGCUGGGCGUGAUGUCAGGCGCUGCAGAGGAAGUGGCUACCGGUGCAGAGGUGGUAGAUCUCCUUGUGGCAAUGUGCCGCGCUGCACUCGAGUCUCCACGCAAGAGCAUCAUCUUUGAGCCCUACCCCUCGGUGGUCGACCCCAGUGACCCCAAGACUUUGGCCUUCAACCCAAAGAAGAAGAAUUACGAGAGGCUGCAAAAAGCGCUGGACAGCGUCAUGUCUAUACGGGAAAUGACCCAGGGCUCGUAUUUAGAGAUCAAGAAGCAGAUGGACAAACUGGACCCUUUGGCCCAUCCCCUGCUACAGUGGAUUAUUUCCAGUAAUAGAUCUCACAUUGUCAAGUUGCCUCUUAGUAGGCAACUGAAAUUCAUGCACACUUCUCACCAGUUCCUGCUGCUCAGCAGCCCUCCAGCCAAGGAGGCUCGUUUCCGCACUGCCAAAAAGCUCUACGGCAGCACCUUUGCCUUCCAUGGUUCCCAUAUAGAGAACUGGCACUCUGUUCUGAGAAAUGGACUAGUCAAUGCAUCUUAUACCAAACUGCAGCUGCAUGGCGCAGCAUAUGGAAAGGGCAUCUAUCUCAGCCCCAUCUCCAGCAUAUCUUUUGGAUACUCGGGGAUGGGGAAAGGACAACACCGCAUGCCCACCAAAAACGAGCUGGUGCAGCGUUACAAUCGCAUGAACACCAUACCACAGCAGAGUCGUCCAAUCCAAUCGAGGUUUCUGCAAAGUCGAAACUUGAACUGCAUUGCACUUUGUGAAGUGAUCACAUCCAAGGAUCUGCAGAAGCACGGCAACAUUUGGGUGUGUCCUGUGUCGGACCACGUUUGUACUCGCUUCUUUUUUGUGUAUGAAGACGGCCAAGUGGGAGAUGCCAACAUUAACACACAGGAGCCCAAGGUGCAGAAAGAGAUCAUGCGCGUGAUCGGGUCAUAGAUCUGCAUCAUCAGGCUGAUGGAGGCUUUUGCAAGACAGGAUGCACUUCAUGUAAAAUAGAUCCAUGCAUCGCCAUGAUGAGAGGAUCGCAGAGCAGCUGGGGGGUUGGGGAAGUCAAGUAAGUGAAUGUCUUGGAGGAAGCGAGCUGACCUGAGAGCUUUUGGGAGGACAUUAUUGUGUUCUUUUCAUUGGACUAUCUUACGCUCUUGCGGGCACUCUUGACCGUAAAAAUGUUUACCGUUUAGAAAAAAUAAAUUUGGCAUGGCUUUUCCUCAGUUA